AUGACUGCCUUUCUGAGCCGGCUGUCCCACAUCACCUUCCACGUCCCCACCGGGACGGGCUUGGUCAGCGACUUGGUAGACAAGUUCCGCUUUCACCUGUUCGCGGAGCGGGUGACAGCGCGUGCCCGACAGCUGGCUCUCCGCAAAGGAGCUGCUGUCUUCCUCGUCAAUGAGAGGUUGGGGGAGGCCCCCCCGGCCCAGACGUUCCCGUUCGACCCCACCCGGCCCGCUCUGGCUCAGCAGCCCGUGCUGGGCCACAGCGAUGGGGAAUUCCUUUACGACAUCAGCCCCUUGCACCCCGUGAGCACAGCCUCCAACGUGUGCUUUGAGGUGCAGGAUGUACCUACUGUCUCCCAAAGCCUCCAGGAGCGGGGCUGCCCCCUGGCAAUCCCGCCCACCGACGUGACUGACUCCGGUGGCUCUGUCACCUACUGCGUGGUGAGAUCCGUUGUGGGGAACAUCAGCCACACCCUGCUGGAUUGCUCCCGCUACCGGGGGGCGUUCCUGCCUGGCUUCCGCGCCAUGGGGGAUGUCCCCGAGGGGCUGCGGGACCCGGCCGAGGCCACGCACUUCGACCACAUCACCUAUGCCUGCUCACGGGGCAGUACCCAGGCCGUGCUGGACUGGUACCAGCACUGCUUUGGCUUCCAGCGCUUCAUCAUGAACAGGCAGGGGGACGUGGCCGAGGGCUACCGAAUCCAUGGGCACGGCGUGGGCCUGCGGCUCACCGCCAUGCGGUACAGAAAGGGCAGCGAGCCCAGGCUGGUUGACGACUGCAAGUUCGUCCUGGCCGAGUCCCUGCCGGAGCCAGGGAAGAACCAGGUGGACGCCUUCCUGGAGCAGCAUGGCGGAGCUGGGAUCCAGCAUGUCGCGCUUUACACCACGGACAUUGUCUCCACAGCCCGGGCCCUGGCGCAGGCUGGCGUGCGGUUCGUCGAGCCCCCCCAGGCCUACUACAGCGAGGCGGGCAAAGCGGAGGAGAUCCGGGCGGCUGGGCAGGACCCCUGGCUCCUGUCCCAGCAUGGCAUCCUGCUGGACACUGAGCUGGUUGGGGAUGGGGAGGGAGGCGGCAGGGGCUCCAGCCCACGCCAGAGGAGGUACCUGAUGCAAAUCUUCACCAAGCCCAUCUUCCCUGAGGAGACCUUCUUCCUGGAGCUGAUUGAGCGUCGGGGGGCCGCAGGUUUUGGGGAGGGCAACAUCCGGGCCCUGUGGAGAUCCGUGCAGGCCUAUCUGGACAAGCAGGAGUAG